UGCACCACUUACACGCCGAGGUGCAGCCGCAGAAGGGCUACGCGGCGGUGCCGCCCGUCAAGCGGCGCUGCACCCUCAGACCGAGGGGCCGCCGAUGGGCCAAGGCCACCAGGAUCAAGUCAUCGGCGCCGAGGACCGAGAGGCCCAGGAGCAGCGCGCCACGGUUCCCCAGGUAUCACGCCGUGCACGGCGAGGUGCAGCCACAGAGGGGACCCGCGGUGGUGCCACCCGGCAAGCGGUGCUACACUCUCAGAACGAGCAGAUCGAAGAAGCGAUGGACCAAGGCCACGAGGAUCAAGUGCUUGGCGCCGAGGACGAAGUGCAGCCCACCCCGCCACCGCGGCGGCGUGUUGCGCCCAGGAGGGCUCCCCGUCCUGGCACUCCAGCUCCAGCCCGGCGUGCGGCCACUGCAGCCAGGGUGACACGCCGCUCUCCUGCGCUGGCAGCUCAGCGCGAGCAGCGUGCUGUACGGCGGGGGGCGGCGGCCCAAGAGACGGCGGCCGCACGCCGGGAACGAGAGCGGGACGCUCGGGCUAACAGGGCAAUACUCCAAUUUCAGGAGGAGUUUAACGCUGCUCAGGCUAUUAGAGAGCGACAAUUAUAUUGGGAGAGAUUGGGCCGGGAGUUGGCGUUGGAAGAACCUGAAGAUCUACCUGACGUGCGGAUUCUACAGCAACUUCCAGUCGGUACGUAGUUACGUUGCACAAUGUUGCCCACAGGCCACGGAAAAUCGAAAGUUGAUCCGAAUGAACCGACGCCUGCUGAAUUUGAAAUAAUGAAUGCCAUGCGGGAGAGUGGGCCAGUUGGCGUUGAUGAGUCAAACUGGCGAGUAUGCAAGACCUAUUUGACGCACAGGGAAUUCACCAGAGAUGAGGCAUGGCAGCAAGUGAACGAAGUGGCCCGGCUCGUUCAGAUGUUGCCGCCAGUUGAGGACUCAGUUGCGGAGGACGGUGAAGAGUCCUGCGUAUGCUGUGACAAUAAGGCAGCACGCACUUGCUACCCGUGCACGCACAAAGUGUUGUGCAAUGAGUGCUGCAUGAAGUGCUUUUCUACUUUCAAAAUCAAACCAAACGGGAUGGCGGUUCCACAAUGCUGCCCCGUGUGCAAGUGCGUCAUUGGUAUGGUUGUAUAGUGUGUCGUCUCGAAUGAUAGGUUUCCAUUGCAAACACAAGUCAUGAGCUCUAAAAAGGUGGGCUAUUUUGUCCCCCACUUUCACCUGCAAAGUGUCUUAUCAGGAAGUGAUGGCUAUUCUUGCUUCACUCAGAAGUAAAACGAGUGGUCCACACUACCAGGUGUAGAACAUCAUGCCGCCUUUUAAUCCAAGGAGAUGUCUUGGUUUUUAUUUCCAAAGUGUUUGAGUAAAUGUUCAGCUGUCCGUCCAAAUUGACAUAACUUUUCAGAAACAUAUUUGUCUCGGCAGACAUCCCAUCCAAACGUAUGAAAUAAUAUUUGUUGGUCUAUGAAGAAGUUAUUUAACUCCAGAGCUAGUAAAACGUCCAAAAAGACCUACUUUUGAAGUUCAAUAACUUUUUCAUUUCCAUCCUACCUGUAACAUUUUACUGUAUUUCUCUUAUGUCUUGUUUAUUCGAUUCACUUUGUCUGUGUCAAGCUUGAUUCGAAAAACCUUACUUGUAUUCUUGUCUGUUUUGUCAUAAUAAAUAUUAAUUCUAUCA